GAGGGCGGUAAUGUGCGCCGUACUUUUUGGGAAUGAAAAAAUGGCUGCCGACACUGACAACACGAAAAUGCUCAUGCUUGCCAUCUUCGCGGUGCAGAAGCUGAGGGAAAAUGUGAACAAAACUUUCUCUUCCUUACAUGACGGGGUUAAAACUAGUACAGAGGAUGAGGCCAAUGUUGAUGGGAAAGUCAAGCAUUUUGUCACUCAACUUCACCAUAAUUUGUGCAGUGUGAACGACUGUUUCAGCGAUCUUGAAAAGCUUACCAGCAACAUUGUCAAAGGAAGCCAGGGCAGCAGUUUGGGAGUGACAGGUUUCCUGAGUUUGGAUCCAGUGCUCGACAAGACACCCAUGUAUCAACAAGUCCUGCAAUCAUACAAAUGGUGGACAAAGCUAAAGGAGCAUUCAAGCCAUGCCUCUUCCCUGCUGAACUAUCAUACGAUGAGACGAUCCACAAGCAUUCUUGGCAAGAAGCGCAAGCUGCAGCCGAGCCUGUUGGCUUACAGCCUACAGGCAGUGGAUCAACUGGUGUCUAGUUUGAAUCGUCAGUUCAUGGAUGCCAUGGUCAUCACCAAAGUUCCAAAUAUGCCCAAUGUCUAUCAGGUUACACUGGGAAGAACAUUUUAUGCGAUUGUAGGAUUGCAACGGCUUCUGAUCGAGAGAGUCGUCAUACGAGGGCAACAUGAAAACAUCUACAUGGACGAAAGAAUGGUUGACAUAUGGACCCCAUCAAAAUAUAAAGUCUUCCAAAAGAUAACAGAUCAUGCUACAUCCGCCAUGCUGCAUUACCAACCACUCAGACCAGAUAUGUGCUUCUUUUCAUUCAUGAAGUGGCUGCACAGCUACCAGAAGUUAUUUUGUUCACCUUGUCGGCACUGUGGUCAGUUUCUGCAAGAUAAUCUGCCUCCUACCUGGCACGAUUUCAGAACAUUGCUUCCUUACCAUGAGGGCUGCAGGCAGUGAGACAUUCAUCUGGAGAACGUUGCAAUGUAGACACCUGCUACAACAGGCUGAUUGGACAGCUUGCGCAAACAAAGAAAUGUGUGGCAAGAAUGUUUCGAUCCACAAACCCACAGGAUGCUGUAAGCUGGCCAUCGUUUGGACAAGCAUCGCAUGACAUGUAUUGUUUAUCCAAAAAUUGCAUUGAGGCGAUUUGGCAGAUUCACUAGUGAAACCUCUGUUUGGCUUGUGUACAUAACAUUGAGGUAUAGAUCAGAUAUUGUUCAGAUAAUUAUCAUGGGGCAGUUGCUUUGUACAAUAACUAGCCAACUGACUUUACCAUUGAAGAGAUCCUCCAUGAAUGUACAGUGAUAGCGACCUUGGAUUGGU